CGAGGUGUUCUGAGUAUGGCACCUGCCAUACCCAGGCUUUUCUGCCUGGGAGUGUGGCUCUCUGCCACUGUGUCCUCUUUGCGCGAACUGCAAAGCUCUUUGGAUAGCAAAAUGAAACCUGCAAAGCAGCACUAUUGGAUUCUGGGUUGGUUUUCCAUGGCUCUAUGUUGUUGGUGUACUUCAGAUACUUUUACUCAAAGUGGCAUCCACCCUCAUGCCUGGAAAAAGCUGUAUUUUGCUCAUCAUUGGCCAGUGACUGUAUGUAAGAUGAAUGCUAAUGAUUGUCAUGACCCACCAAAGUACUGGACAAUCCAUGGAUUGUGGCCUGACAGAGCUGAAGACUGUAAUAGGACAUGGCAUUUCAAUGUCACCGAGAUCAAGGAUCUUAUGUCAGACAUGAGACACUACUGGCCUGAUGUGCUUCAUUCAUCUCUGAAUCGUACCCAGUUCUGGAAACAUGAGUGGGAAAAACAUGGCACUUGUGCAGCCACACUUGAGGUCCUUAAUUCUCAGAAAAAAUACUUUGGUAAAGCCAUAGAACUCUACCAGCAUGUUGAUCUCAAUGGUUGUCUCUUAAAAGCUGGGAUAAAGCCGAGCAGUUCAUAUUACAAGAUGACUGCUAUAAAGGAAGCUCUUACAAGAUUUUAUGGUGUAACACCAAAGAUCCAAUGCCUUCCUCCAGAAGAGGGUGAAAAAGCACAAACAAUUGGCCAGAUUGAGUUCUGCUUCACCAAAGAGCUGCAGCUGGUAAACUGCACGGUGCCAGAGGGUGGAUCCAACCCAGUGCAGGCUCACUUGAAGCUUGGAACUUCGGAGCUGUCGGUGUGCAAUGAUACUCUUCCAACCUAUUAUCCUUCAGAGGUCCAAGAUCACAAAUUAAGCCAUAAGAGUUUGAAAAACUUUUUAAACAUCAACAAAGCCUGAACUCGUGUAGUAUUACAAGCACCUGUCCAUAUCACAGGCCUACAGUGAAGAUUUCUGCUGGAAAACACAGUUCUUUUGCUAUUAAAGGAGAGUGGUCCACAUGAUAGGAUCAGCAUCUGA